UUGAGAACUGCUGGUAUUUUUUGUAUAUUCGAUUCCUGUCACGCUGAUUUGACUUCAGAGGAUGGACGGCAAUUGUCAACCGUUAGCCAAGAAAAUUAUGCACUCAUCUUCUUCAUAUUCUUUUUGUGAUUUGACUUCAGAGGAUGGACGGCAAUUGUCACCCGUUAGCCAAGAAAAUUAUGCACUCAUCUUCUUCAUAUUUUUUUUUUUGUUCUUGCUCUAUUUAGUAUCUUGAAUUGCUCUCAUUUUUGUCUACACGUUUCCUUUUAUCUCAUCCAUUGCUAAUCUCCUCUCUCUCUCUCUCUCCACAGCCUGCACACGGGUUCUUGCUGUGACCAAGGGUUCUUUGGCUCUGGGGAUUUGAUCUUUUAUUCUUGAAAGAACUAGACUACAUAGGAUUAUUUCUUGUUGCUCAACUUGAAGGAAAAUUCAUGGCGGUUGCUGUAGCCAUUAACACAAGUGAAGGCUUGCAGUAUAAUGGCAAGAUUACAUGGUUGGUUACUCUAUCUUGUAUUAUUGCGGCAAGUGGAGGACUACUCUUUGGCUAUGAUACUGGAGUAACUGGUGGAGUGACCUCAAUGGAAUCAUUCUUGAAAAAAUUCUUCCCUGUGGUUUACAAAGAGAUGAAAGAAGACACAAACCUGAGCAACUACUGCAAAUUUGAUAGCCAACUUCUUACUUCCUUCAGCUCCUCACUCUAUAUAUCUUGCCUUAUUGCUUCUUUCCUUGCUGCAACUGUGACUCGGGACUAUGGCCGCAAGCCAUCGAUCAUAAUUGGUGGAGUUGCUUUUCUCAGCGGAGCUGUCCUAGGAGGAGUGGCUGAAAAUAUCUACAUGCUAAUAAUUGGUCGUCUCCUACUAGGAGUAGGGAUUGGUUUUACCAACCAGUCAGUUCCCCUGUACCUCUCAGAGAUGGCACCCCCUAAAUCCAGAGGAGCUUUCAACUAUGGUUUCCAAUUGUGUAUUGGCACGGGAAGUGUACUGGCUUCCCUUAUUAACUAUGGCACUGAAAAGAUAAAAGGUGACUGGGGAUGGCGAAUCUCCCUAGCAACGGCUGCAUUGCCUGCCUUGGUUUUACUUGCAGGGGCAGUAUUUCUCCCGGAGACUCCCAAUAGUCUUAUUCAGCAAGGCCAUGAUUAUGAGAAAGCUAAGAGGUUAUUACAAAGAAUCCGAGGCAUUGAUGAUGUCGAAGAGGAACUCGACGAUCUCGUAAGAGCAAGUAAUGCUUCCAAAAAAAUCAAACACCCAUUCAAGAAAAUCCUACAAAGGAAAUAUAGGCCUCAACUGGUGAUGUCAGUAGCAAUUCCAUUCUUCCAGCAAGUAACGGGCAUCAAUGUUAUAACGUUCUAUGCUCCAAUACUAUUUCUGACAAUUGGUUCCGGUGUAAGUUCUUCUCUUCUGUCUGCCCUUGUCCUUGGAAUAGUCGCGACAAGCAUGACUGUCAUCUCAUCCUUCAUAGUAGAUAAGCUAGGCAGAAGGGUCAUAUUCCACGCAGGUGGAAUUACAAUGUUUAUUACUCAAAUGUUGAUCGGAGGAAUAAUGGCAGCCAAAUUAGGGGAACAUGGUCAAAUGAGCCAAGGUUACUCGCUUUUGGUUGUGGCCUUGAUUUGCAUAUACAGUUGCGGUUUUGCAUUUUCAUGGGGUCCAUUGGGAUGGUUGGUUACAAGUGAGAUUUUCCCACUGGAAAUAAGGUCGGCUGCUCAAAGUAUAAACGUCGGGGUAAGUUUUUUCUGUAGCGCCCUUAUCAGUCAGACAUUCCUGGCUAUGCUCUGCCAUUUGAAGUAUGGAGCUUUCUUCUUUUUCGGGGUGUGGGUGGCGCUGAUGACGGUCUUCGUGUACUUAUUAUUGCCGGAGACUAAGAAUAUACCGAUCGAGAAGAUGGAUACAGUGUGGAGGAAGCAUAAGUUCUGGAAGAGAUUUUACAAGGAAAACAAGAUUCAGGAGCCCUUUCUCUCCCCAUGAAUACCUCAUAGUUAGUUUGUACAUAAAAAAUAUCCUAUACAGAAGAGAGAAAUUAUUUGAAUAAUAGGGGAACAUGUGAAACCUAGCAAUUUCUUAUGUAUAUGAGCAAAAGCUGUAGUGUGGCUGAUAUUUUGGAGCCACUGUAUGAUUUUUAUCUUCUCAUUCAAUGCUUGCACGCAUUGUUAUUCAACUCAACUUUGUAUAUUACAUUUGUACUUUGUAGUAAUUGAAAAGGUACGACAGUUUUAUAAAAUUUGUGAUUGAUAUAUAAAA